ACAGCGGCCACAGGGCCAGGGAGCAGCGACGGGGGAACGACAAGGAGCGCCGCUCACCCCCAUGGCGAAUGCGGCUGGUGCUGGAGACAAGUCGGGAACUCACCGCCAUGUUCCCUCAGCGGUAGAUACACCGCAUAGAUCCGCUUUCUAGGCUAGUUUUUUUAAAAAAAUCCUGUUUACAUAUACGUGCAAAUUCCUAUGAGUUAGGGUGGUGUAUUGGAUCACACAGAGGAAGAGAUGUACUGAAAUGUUAUUAUCUCCUAUAGAGAUAAAGGCAUAGGAGAGGAAGCAUUACAGGUUUUCAGUACAAAUGGAAAAAAAAAAAAAAAAGGCCCAAUCCCCUAAUCUUCUGCUUUAGCAAUUGCCAGCUGCCAGGAAUAUAAAAGCAGCAUCACAGCUUCUGUUCAGUGAAAGAGCCGAGGCAGCCGUGUGGGACCGCCACGCGCGGGAGCGCUCCUCAGUUUGGAGCAGCCCAUGAUCCCGUUAUGCAACAUCCGCUUGCGCUGCUCCAGUGCUUUGCAUAGGAGAGGGCCUGCGGAACCAGCGGCUCCGGAGGCGGCAGGGGAAGCUGGUUAUUUAUAAACCUUCACUUUUUUUGUUUCAGUGAGUGAGAUCGCAGUGGGUUUAUUUAAAGAAAUUGUAUGUAGUUAAGCUACAGGAGUUGGUGAACUCACAGCGCCUGCCAGAACGAAAGAUGCGCGUACGGCAUAGAUAAAUACCACGAGAUCUUUUCAUCCUGCAGUCUGUUAAGGCUGUAAAUACUUGCUGUGGUAUAGAUUGUUAGCUUAGGUCUAGGAAUACGCUGCAGUGCGUUUCAGCCACCUGACAGCUGUACGACUCACACAAAAGCUCGAUGUUAAGUCAGAUUGCAGCAUUCACUUUUAAGAGUUACACACAAGUCACAGGAAACUUGAGCCUGACUGAUGGUACUGUCUGUACAUCAACCAGCAAGGUUUGGCAUGAUGUAGAUGCAGAACAAAGUCUGCAUCAAAGUCUCCUUUCUCAAAUGGAAAAAUUGUUUAAAUCAGCAUACCUGUUUGCUUACCAAAAUCCUGCAUACACAAGGAAGGAAUAUUAAAUUUCACAUCCAAACCUUGUUUAACAAUUUACAUUUCAUUGCCUGAGGUUAAGCAGAAACGAGGCACAAAAGCUUACUAAGAAACCACAAACCUAAUUUUCUUUCUGAAAAGUGUCAAGAGCACUAGCCUGAGGUUUCUUUGGGAAAUGCUUUCUAAAAUUGAAUUAUGAGUCUCACUCACAAUUUCUACUAUACAAAACCUUGGAGGCUAGAGGAAAUGUCACCCAAAGGAAAAACAAGUAAAUAAGGUCAGCAUGAAAGCAUCUACCUUUACUUUGAGUCAAGAAGAAAGCAGCAGCUUUUCAAAGUUUUCCACUUUUAAAGAGCUUGACUUUUGCCUCCUACAAUAUUUUGCAUUACAGCAUUGAAACAGAAGUAAGCAUCAAAUAAAUUGUAGUGACCCCCAUUUUAGAUAUGCCAAUACCUCACAAGACAUUUAUCCUGGAAAGAAUGCAAACUGACUAGAAAAAUACUCCUAUACUGACUUAAUGCUAGUGCUAGGUGUCUAAAGCCUAACUCGGAGUGUUUUUACCACUGAAGAUACAGCUCAUGAGCUUUAUUGAUCAAUCAAUUUUUUUUAUUCUUUUCUCCACACGAGCUAUUAAAGAUUCCAAGAGCACCUCUCUUCUAGAACAGCCCACAGUUUGGAAAUCACCCAUGAAAGAAAAAAAAUGCAUAAUCCAGGGAGGAAGAUGCAAAAUGUUCUCCAUCUGAGAAUCCUGGUCUCUUACACUUUCCAGGCAGUCCUGACAAUAUCUUUGGACUUUACUGAACUGUUCCACAAGUGAAAACUGGAUUUCACUUUGUAGAAGCCUUAAUCCAGUGGAGAAUACAACAUGUGGCUAAAGAAGUUGGGAAUCCCUUGCAAGUGCAGGCUGACAAGUGUACAAGAAGCCUUCAAAUCCAUAGUAAGAGUGAUGUAUGUGGGGAGAGUACAAGUUAAUCAGCAGGAUUGGUUGUUGAGCUUCUGUAAGAUCACGGAAGGGUAUAAUUGCAGAAGGUGUGGUGGUGGUUUCACAGGCCCCAGCAAAGUGGGGUGGUGGGGUUUAUACCAGCAGAAAGCCUCUCCUCAGCUAGUUAAGAUCUGUUUCAAGGCAAAUGACACAUUCCAUCCUUCAGGCUGCAUAAGCAGUGCUGGUGUGACAGAAGAAGGACUUCACAUUAGAAAGACUAAUUUUCCUGCUGAAAAUCCAAAGGAUACUGAAUCAACACCACCCAUUUAUCAGCCAUGGUACUUGGCUGGACUUGCUUAUAUUCAUUUUCAUUUUUUGCUUCUGCAAGCAGCUUGCAAGAGCCUGUCCUUCAUAGCCAAUGUUUACUGUUCAGGUGAGCAACACUUCAAACUUUGUGAAGUUUUGUUUGACUGGCAGCUCUCCAAUCAACCAGCACUGUUGGAUAGUCAUGAUAGAAGCAUUAUUCUGAGAAGUUGGAGGCUGCCAACCAUACUACAAGACAGCUUUGGAAGCAGAUUUUAUUCCAUGACUACAGCUGGCCACCCUUCAAGUAUGGUUUUGUCUGCUGUAAGAGACACCAGCAUUCAGAGACUGCUGCAGCUGGGACUUUUUGCGGAUGAUGGUGUAAAAUGUAGAAUAGCAUCUCACAAAUGAGUCAACCAUGCUCCUUUGGGCUGGAGGAAUGCUGACAGCAGUUCAGCUGUAUUAGAAAGACAGUAGCUAGAGGAACUUGAGACAUAACAAGAAAUGGGGCAAAGAAGACCCCGGACUAACUUUGAGGGACUGACCCAAGGAUAAGAAAAAAAACAGAGAGCAGAACUAGAGACCAUCCGGGCUUAACAGGGAGCUUUGAGUGUGCCUAAGAGCAGAUGAAGCAGCAGCACAGAGGACAAGACUCAGAUGCACGACCAUGCCAGUGUCUGGAGCAUUGUCAGGCAGUGCUGGGAUCCCAGGUCUUCCAUACCAAGACGUCAGUGAACUGAAAGGACAGAGUGCUUCCAGAUUCCUGUGCAGAGCUUACUGACAUCAGUAUGGUUUGGAUUCUCAACUGGAGAGUGCAGAACCAAAAGUUCAGGUUGCAACACUGACAGCUGAGGCUCAAAGCCAAAUUAUUGCACCUCUUCAACAGAGACAAGGUCUCGCUUCUCAGGAAACAUACCAACUGAGAUUUUGUUUCAGGGCAAGGCAGCCGUGCUACAUAACAGAUCCUGCAGCCAGUGAGGGAUUGAAUCCAUGGUAUUCAGCAGAGGCAGAAGGGAAAAGAGGAAGAUGGGGCAAUGUCAUAACAUCUGUGGGGACAUCUGUAUGUGAUGGGAACUCCAUAGGCAUGGCAGAGCCAGAAAUUGGGUGUGCCGUAUAAAGUAUGACCCAGUAAUGAAUGAGCUGCCAGACAAAUUGACACAAAAGAAAAAAGCUCUUGUCUUCUUGUAAGUCUGCUUUCUACAUGCUCCCAUUUAUUUUUUGGAAAGAAGAAAUUGAAACAGAAGACAUGCUUUUAAUGCAGUGUCACCAGUGUUGUGUGGUACAGACUUGUUUGAUGACAUGAAGUGACCGGGGAACCCAGGACCCUGUGGGAGGUUGCACAGUUGGCAAGACAGCUCCUGAUAUCCAGUGCAGACAUGAUUCAUCUUCUGUGAAACUGCAGCUGUAUCUGACCUAAGUAUGAUACCCAAAGGAGACCAGGUACAUCUGGCUCAGGAAAUCCUUGUAUUUUGGAGCCUGGAAGGUAAUGAAAAAGUGCUACCAGACAUACAUCCCAAUUCUUUCCACUUCUGUCAUGGAGACUUACAGACACUGCUGGAAAUACUGCCCUGGCCUGGAGGGGUCCUUGGUGGAACCUGGCAUUCCUUGUGAGCCGCAGCUGGUGGAUGCUUUCACUGCUGCAGGGCGAGCACAGCCAGUGGCUCUGCCGUUCCCGAGCAGAUGCAUCAUCAGAAUGGUCACAGACCUGGGGAGCUCUGUUUGACUUCCACAGCAAGGCAGAAGAAAUGGAAUGAUCUUAAAGGAAAUAAAACAGAGCCCUGCCUGCAAAGGGCAGUAUCCAGUGACAGUGGCGAGGGUCAGACACAGCCCAGAGAUCUCUGAUCACGGCUGUAGUGCCAGCUCUGGAUCAGAAGGAUCAAAGGCAUGUGGGCAGACAAAGGCAAGGCAUGGAAGCAAGGGUCAAUGGGAUGGCCUCAAAAAGCUCCUGAAUGAAGCAGGGGCAGGUGUCUCCCUGCAAGACCCACAAGAUUCUUUCUUGAAUAGGUCUCCCUUCAGAGUAGUGUGAAUUUGAGUUAGCUCCUUAUCAGAAAGCUCUCCUUGAGCACAGACCACUGUACUCUGGGGAGGCAAGAGUUUAAACUUCAGGCCCUGAGAGGAAAUAGUGUAAAUAUGCCAGAGGAAAAUAAGAAAAAUAAGACUGAUACGUAUAUCAGACAAAAUCAAUUACCUGAAGACCUGAAAUUGCAGGAAGAAAAGACAAUUACUUUGUGAACCACUACAAUUCAAAAUAACUCAACUUCUUUUUGAAGUAGUGUUAAUCCAUCCAAGUCAACAUAUCGUAAUCUAUUUAUUUAAUUCUCCUGUGUGAAAUUAAUUGCUGGGGAAAAGAGUGAUAUCAACAUUUUAACUGUCCCUUUGAAAGUGUUUUAACAAUAAGAUGUUUUUCAACCAGAAACAAAUAUAAUUCCUCAUGAAUGUGGAAAUUUAAAUUACACUCUUUGGUGUAUCAUUGUAUUACUUUACUUAAAACAGUUAUUAUGCUGCAAGCUUGGUAGGUCUCACCAAAGCUGGUUUGGUUUGAUUUUCUGGGUCGUAUCUCACCACAGCCCUUUGUUUUGAUAAAUUCUUUUGCAAAGAGUGCAGUGAUAUACAACAUACCAUUUUCAAUUUGAAAUAUUUUUCACAAACAGGAGAUUCUGAACAUGUUAAUGAACCAUUUUGAUGUUUGCAACCUUUCUUUUCCUGCUCCUGGGUUUAUUCUAGGUAUUUCUCCUAUGAUGGAUGAUGAAAAAAAAUUCCAAUCUAUUUAGCCUUCAUAAAGGCAACACUUUAACUCCUCAGAAUUCAGGCCGCUAGAUUUUUACUCAGUAUUAAAUAGGGUAUGAACAAGUCAUUUCUGUGAAAUGCCCUCACCUCUUACUGGCUAUUUUAGGUUCACUUAAUGACAAUGCUAAGACAAAGUGUAGCUCAAAAUUUCAGAUAUAUGUAUCUACUAUCUUAAUUAUCUGUAGAGAGAACUUAAAACCAUGUACUUGCAGUACAAAU